CAUGGAGGUAGGCUCAAGUCUCAAAAGGUCACUUUGCUCCUAGUGUAAUAAUUAUGCCAUAAUAAUUAUAUUGGCCCUAUACAUUAUAUGCCAGAGAUUAUAUGCCAUAAAUUAUUAUACUGGCAUAGCCUCGAUUCCAGGCCGCACUGAAGAUGGUGAGGCCUUGUAAAGGAGGCUAAUAGUGUAAGUUAAGUGUAAAAUCUAGCUCACCCUAAUGAGAGUAUAGAUGGUUUCAUUUCUGAUAAGUUGUGUGUAGUUAUUCAGAAUUGCGGCUUCACAGGAUUCGAUCGUGUUUCAACUCUUUUUGGUUCAAUUAAACUGUCCAUUGCUGUAUUCUUCAUUUGAAUUUUCAACUGGUAUAAUGCUUGUUGACAUUCAAAACUUGGUGAUGGAGAACACUGUCAUUCAAGAGAAUGAAGGUUUUGGAAUGGUCGGAUUAACAUCAUUGGUAAUUCCUAAUGUUGACUUCAUUUCUAAUAUCCCACCAACAAUUCAGUAUGCAAUUUCAGAGUAACACUCUCUGCAGGCGGCUCUGGGGGAGGUCUCUUCUUGCUCUAUCACGAUUACAAUGAGGAAUCAAAGAAUCUUCAAGCUGAAAACUCAACUAAUGGAGCUACUUCCACUCUUGGUGCAUUUUGCUACUUGGGGGAGAAGAAACAUUUUCCAAUGUGCCUGUUCGCAUCAAUGGGACAGAGGGUGCUGAUUACUUAGUGACCAUCAACACCAAUAAAGCACUACUGACUUCUGUACUCACCGUACAUGUAACAUUACACAAUUGCUCUCUAGGGUUUGUGUACGAUCAAACAACCAAGGCCUGCGAUUGUGAAAUUGACAAAUUCUUGGAUGGUGUCACCUGCAAUACCAAUGGAAGUAUAUUCUAUAAUGACAAUGAUUGGAUUGGCGUUAAUGAAUUAAGUUUGUACAUACGGGCACCUUGCAUUCGAAAGUUUUGUGAGAUUGGAGUUUCAGUUGUAAACUUAUCGGAGCCUGAUACCCAGUGUAGGAACCAUCGCUCUGGUCUGCUGUGUGGGGGGUGUGCUGACGGCUACAGUUGUAUAUUAGGAGGCACACAAUGUGAAGUCUGUACCAACAAUCAUUACUUGGCCUUGAUUGUUCUGUUUGCCGCUUUUGGAAUCCUCCUUUUUGUGGUCCUUGCCUUGUUUAAUGUGACAAUUACUGAUGGUUUUGUCAAUGGCUUUAUCUUUUAUGUUAACAUUUUUAGUGUGAAAUGUUCUCCCUGUCACGGAGACAAGUAGUGCACCAGCUUCUGCUGUGAUCUCCUUUAUUAAUCUCAACUUUGGAAUUGACAGCUGUUUCGUCAAUGGAAUGACUGAACUUGAUUUAACUGGCUUAACUCUAAUCUUUCCCUUGUAUUUAAUGUUUAUUCUCCUGGCUUUUAAUUUGCUCUGUUUGGAAAGUAUGUCACUCAUACGAGAGUGUCAAACUUUUAUCGGCAAAUCAAUAUCACUCGUGUAUUCGCAAUUCUUUUUCUCUUGUGCUAUGCUAGUGUCGUGGAGACUUGCAUUGCUGUUUUAACCGUUCUUCCGGUAACUAUCGACCGUGUAAGCGGAAAUCGUUGGGGCCGAGAUCCAAAUGCAGUGUAUGGUGUAGGAUUGCAUGGUGUUCUUGUAGUUAUCAGUGUUAUUCUGCUUGUUGUUCUUAUACCAUUACCAAUUAUUCUACUAAUCCCUAGAAUUUCGUUCUAUACGGAAAUUUAAACCUAUAAUCGAUGCUUUUAUUGCACCUUUUGCCAGUAAUCGAGAAUACUGGAUUAGUUUUCGACUAGUUUUUCAUGUAGUGAUAUUCACAACUGCAGCUUUCGGAGUGAGCAAUACUCAAUUGGUUCUCUCAUAUCUGUAUUCGUUUCUUCUGUGACCAUCAUCCAGGCCAUGAUUCAACCAUUUACAGGAACUGCUCAGAAUUAUGUCGAUAUCUUGUUAAUGGUAAACUUGACAGUUUUUUCUGUUGUUGCUGUUUGAAAAUCAUACCUGAAGAGGAUGUCAUGCAUGUAAUGCAGAUCUUUAUGUACUCUAUGUUUCUGCUGCUAAUUAGUCACUACGUGAUGAAGAGAUUUGAAUACACGGACAGGCUAUACACAAAGAGUGUGGCGUGGAUGAAAAGAAAGCUUAAGCAUUUGAAAAUGUAUCUUUAUAAUCCACACUGUUGCUGCUCUAAAAAAGAAAGACAUAGAUCAGUUGGUCAUACCACUGGAGAUGCAGUUACCCAUACUAGCAUCGCUUUGGAUGAUGUUGUCACAUUGCGUGAAGCUUUACUCGAGAAUUCUGUGCAUUAAGAUAUAUAUAGCUUUUGUGCUACGGAGACUAACAUAAGUAUGUUCUAAGAUUUUAGUGAGGUAGUAGUUUAUGUGACAACAUUUUUUGUAUUAUGUAGAGACUGGACAUGUAGUAGAAGUGUGUGACAGGAAUAGUACAAUAUUACUUGUAUGUAGAUGCACAUGUGUCAUGUCAUGACUCUGCAUGAAAUUGAUUGUCACAUGGUAAUCCCAUUGCCCAGUUGUGAAGGGUGAAUUUCUUGUUUAUAGCUCUGAGUAGUGGCUAAAUCUAGCUCAUGGUGAGUGAUAUCAUAAUUAUGUGUGGGAUGUAUGCUUUUUAAGAGACUAGAUAAGUCUAUAUGUAGGCCUUGAUUGUAAUUCAUUUGAGGCAAAACGUCCAUUUAAAAAAUGCAGCUCAACCCAUGCACCAGUUGAAGUCGGACACAAUAACUUCCGAUAGUAUCUACCUAAAAAUUUCCUAGCUCUCUACAAUGAUAAUUAUUGUGGUGCUCAUGAUGAGCAGAUGACAAGUAUAAACCAGCCAACCUAUACUUAUCCAUAUUACACAACUAAAAUUGUAUUAACAUUCAGAGGGGACCACCUAAAAACACUUUGCUCUAGAUCUAUGUUUAAUGUGUCCAGGUGUGGUUUAUUGUACUCAGGAACAAUACCAUUAUGCCACAUGUGCCUUGCAUUGACUCAGGAACAAUACCUUUAUGCCUCAUGUGCCUUGCAUUGUGUCAUGCAUGAUUUUCACACAAGUGACAAGAUGCAUCGUGUAAGUUUAGGUAAAUUAUAAUUUUAGACAGCUGUGAAGGUUCAAGUUCUUGAUUAUAGCUCCGAGUAAGUGGAUAGAAUCUCAUUCUAGCUUUCAACACUUGAAUUCAGACCUCUUUCAAUGCUGCUUAAAGAAAGAGCCACUCUCGGACUCUUUGUCCUCGCCAUCCUCACACUGUGCUCUGUUUUCUCCAAUGCUAACAUGAUCUCUGUCACUGCUGACGGGAACUGCAGUGAAUCUUGUCGAACAUUGGAUACUGCUUUGCAGAAUAUACGUUCCAACUCUACUCUACAGUUAGAGCCAGGGACACACACUGUAAGAAGUAGCUAUAAUGUUUCAGAAAUAACUGAUUUGAGCAUUGUUGGUGACCUAGGUAAUAGUUUGGAUGUUGUUAUAACGUGUGAUGAUUCUUUUGGACUGAUUUUCAUGGACAUCCAGAGGCUGACCAUCACUGGAGUAGUUAUUCAGAAUUGUGGCUUCACAGGAUUCGAUCGUGUUUCAACUCUUUUCGAUUCAAUUAAACUCUCCAUUGAUAUAUUUUUUAUGCCGUUAUUCCAAUUUUCCUCUGGUAUAAUGCUUGUAGACAUUCAGGAUUUGGUGAUGGAGAACACUGUCAUUCAAGAGAACGAAGGUUUUGGAUUGGUUGGAAUUAACAUCAUUGGAAAUUCGAGAUUUUCAAAUGUUGACUUUAUUUCAAACUAUCCGUCCAACAAUUCAGUAUGCAAUUUCAGAGUAACACUCUCUACUGGCGGCUCUGGGGGAGGUCUCUUCUUGCUCUAUCACGAUUACAUAGAGGAGUCAAAAAAUCUUCAAGCUGAAAACUCAACUCUUACAAUCGAGAAUGGGAACAUAAUGAACAAUUACAACUGCAGACGAGACCCCUUCACGGUUCUAUACAACAGAUUGUCAAGAACACUAGACUCAAAAUUUGCUGUGAACACAAGUAUAGCAGGAUCAGGAGGUGUGAGUGUAUCUCUCGGACAAGCAAGGUAUGGGGUCAAUACUCGAUUUGACCACUGCACAUUUAUCAAUAACUCAGCCUUAUAUCAGAACGCAGGUAUGAACGUUUAUUUAUACAAUGUAACACAAAGGAGCCAAGUUUUCAUUCAGAACUGCAUAUUCCAAAAAAAUGGUGGUCUAUUAUACAAUCCUCAGGCGUUUUUUCCGGACAACGGUUUAGAUCCAUUCGGUGCUCUCGGUAUUGCUUUUUUCGUACCUAUUCCAACAGAUUUCCGCCUUACUCGAAACAAUUCUCUUCAAUUUCAGUUGGACCCGAACAGAGUGCAAAUAGAAAACUGUUCUUUUGUUGAUAACAUAGCUUUGUCAGCAGGUGGCCUACUAAUUUUCUCGUUUACAACUGCAAACCAAUACACAAAUGAUGUCAUUUUGAUAAAAGAUUGCGUAUUUCGAAACAACACUGGAAACUUUGGUAGCGGACUGUUCAUAACUGAACUAAGUUAUAGUGCUUUUGAAUCACGACUAAGCAUAAUCAUCAAUUCGAUUAUCAUCAUAGGCAAUCAGCCACUGUUGAGUUCUUUUGGGACAACAACUCAGUUUGAAACUUAUUCUGCAACAGAAAUCAGCAAUGUACGAGUGCAUUUUAUUGGUAAUAAUACUUUCACUCAAAAUGACAUGACGGCUUUGUCUACUAGAAGUGCUGUUUUGGCAAUGUCUGGAUAUGUUAUCUUCUCUCACAAUAGUGGAGUUAAUGGUGGCGGCUUACAUUUGGAGAGAGAGUCGUACGUUGUUUUUAUCAACCAAACAGAACUGGUGUUUGAAAACAAUAGUGCCAUUGUAGUAGGUGGGGCAAUAUAUGUUGAUUUCAGGACUAUUCGCUCGAGUAGUUACGAUUGCUGGCUGUUUAUUGAAGAUGUUGACAUAUACUGUGAAGUAUCUAAUAGCUGUCCAGCACCUAAUAACAGAUUUAUAAUAAAGUAUUUUGGAAACAAAGCCCCAUUUGGCGAAGCAGUGUAUGGUUCAAACCUUUUUGACUGUCCUUGGAGAGUGAAUAAAAGUAUCAAUAUCAUAAAUAUCACCGACAUAGAAAGCUACCCCAAUAUAAGUAAUUUGAAUCCACAAGAUUUACCUGUACUUUUCGAUCCACCAUUUACCAUCGAUAAUAAUGUAACAAUCAAUACUUUUCCACUGCUUCUAACUACAACACCUGAACAAAAUUCCUCUGCUCCAACUACCACAUAUAAAAAUGUGACUGUUGAGCCUGGACAACAGUUUAUAAUACCUCUGAGUGCUUACGAUAGAAUAGGGCAACCAGUUCCUCUUACUGUAUUUUCUCAGAUAGAUGAUAACGAUGCUUCGGCUACCAUAGGUGUUAGUAACAGAGAACUGCUUCCUGGAGGGGAUGAAGAAAAGUUCAGAAAUAUUUCGAUCCGCGUGAAUGGAAGUGUGGAUAGACAGUACAGAGUUACCAUCACUUCGAAUGAGGUAUCAUUGGUGGCUACAUUCACUGUAUUCGUGACUUUGAAAAACUGUUCUGCUGGGUUUAUAUACAAUGAAACGACAAUGAGUUGCGAAUGUGAAAUUUCCUUGUAUUUGACUGGUGUCAUGUGCAACACAAAUCGUAGCAUAUCUUUUGAAGUAGAUGAUUGGAUAGGGAUUGACGAAAGAAACUUUUAUAUACAGGCACCUUGCAUUCGAGAUUUUUGUGAAGUUCGUACCUCAGUACCAGUAGUGCUCUUGUCAGAGCCUGAUACCCAGUGCAGGAACCAUCGCUCUGGUCUGCUGUGUGGGGGGUGUGCUAACAACUACAGUCGUGUAUUAGGAGGAACAGAAUGUGAACUCUGUACCAACAAUCAUUACUUGGCCUUGAUUGUUCUGUUUGCUGCUUUGGGAAUCAUCCUUUUUGUUAUCCUUGCUUUGUUUAAUGUGACAAUUACUGAUGGUUUUGUCAAUGGCUUCAUCUUUUAUGCAAAUAUAUUCAGUGUGUACACAUCGACGUUUCUUCCAGUCACGGAAGUUAGAGAUGGACCAUCUUUUGCUGUAAUGUCUUUCUUGAAUCUGAACUUGGGAAUCAAGUCAUGUUUUUACAAAGGAAUGACUGAACUUGAUCUGGUUGGUUUGAAUCUAAUUUUUCCCUUGUAUCUGAUGGUAAUUCUUGUUGCCUUUGCUCUGUUUGGAAAGUAUGUCACAUAUGAAAAAGUCUCAAACUUCUACUGCAAAAUACAUAUCACUCAUAUUUUUGCAACACUCCUCUAUAUUUUCUAUGCUAGUGUGACGGAAACGUGUGUAGCCAUUCUUGCAUUUGUUCCAAUAACAAUCAACCAGCAAGCAGAGCAAAUCAUUCGAUGGGGACGCGAUCCAAAUGUCAUGUAUGGCCAUGAAAUUCAUGGAGUUCUAGUUGCCGUAAGUGUACUAUUGCUUGUGAUUCUACUUCCCCUGCCAAUUAUUCUAUUGGUUCCGAAGAUUUCCUAUCGAAUACCAUACAUAAAGAAGCAUAAACCGGUUAUUGAUGCCUUCAUUGCUCCUUUUGCUCCUAAUAGAACAUUUUGGGUCAGCUUUCGUCUUCUUUUCCGUGUAUUAAUUUACAUCAUCUCAGCUUUGGGCGUGAAUACUGUACAGCUCAUUAUUAUAUCCUUCUGUAUUACUUCCAUGACACUUUUGCAAGCGUAUUUGAAGCCGUUUGCCAAUGCCAGUCGAAACGUUGUCGAUACUUUUUUGAUGUUCAACCUCACCCUAUUUUCAAUGGCUGCAAUAGUGCUAUUCGAUAAAUCCUUAACUAAAGAAUAUCAAGCGACGAUAUUCAUGUUCAUCUUCAUGUACAUUUUCUCAAUCAUGUUUCUUUUGAUUAUAACUCACUAUGUGUUGAAGAGAUUCCAGUGCUCUAACAAACCAUACACAAAGGUUCUAAAAUGGAUAACUGCCAAGCUGCAGGAAAUGGCAGACUGGUUUGAGAAUCCACACUGCAUGUGCAAGGAUGAACCUGUCAAAGAGAAUUCAAAUGAAAUGUUUCCCAGUGUCAUGAAUAAUGCCAUAACUCACACUAGUUGUGAAAUAUUUCCUGCUACUCGGUUUCGUGAGUCUUUGUUGGAGGAUCUACUAGUGCGUACAAAGCCGAAGAACACUACACCGUACAGUACUGCAUGCACAUAGUGGGACAACUAUACCCAGAAGCACUAACUAUACCACAGGGACAGGAGCUGAUGAGAUUAACCUGCUUGAUGUUUUGCACAAAACUAUGUAGAUAUUGUGUAUGUAGAUCUCAUUUUAAUGUGUCACGGUAGAGUUUUGUGUUAGAGUUCGUAUAAUAAUUCUGAAACAGAAGGAUUGUAUU